GCAGAAAAAAAAAAUUAAAGCACGAUAUGUAGAAAGUUCAAUGAUCUCGUUUGCCCUGCACAGAGUGAGAACGAGUUUCAAAUGUAUUCAAAAGAGCGACAAUUACUUUUCCUCCAUUAAAUUUCUUUAUUUAAGGAGACCUCGUUGAUAGAAUAUGAGAAUUGCCUCGAGUAACAAUCGAUAGUGGUCUGAGCGUGAGCCUCUGCACAUUGUUAAUUUUUUCGUCAUCACAACGAUUUAUAUUGUUGAUUUGUAUCUGCAACGUGGAUAUUGUUGUGAUUUAAUAAAAAGAAUGAUUGUUCUGAGGUGUUUGAGAGCCUGGUCAUCGCAAUCAUCACGGGAAGUUCACACGACAGCGUCUCAAUGCGAGGCUGUGGUAAUCAGUGGUAAGCAAAUAGCAAAAGAGAUAAAAGAUGACUUGAAGACAAUCGUCGACUCCUGGGUGGCAUCAGGACGCAAACAACCUCGACUCUCAGCUAUUUUGGUGGGCAAUGAUCCGGCGAGUGAAGUUUACAUCGGGAGAAAAGUCAAAGCUGCAAAUUCCAUUGGGAUUCGGGCAGAAACAAUUCUGUUGAAUUGCGAUAUUAAAGAGGAGGAUUUGAUCAGGAAGAUUAAGAGUCUCAAUGAUGAUCCAGAUGUUGAUGGAGUUCUAGUGCAAUUACCAUUGCCUAGGGGAUUGAACGAAAAAAUCGCUUGUGAAACAGUUCGUCCGAGCAAAGAUGUGGAUGGAUUUCAUUCUGAAAAUUUGGGACUCUUGAGCACUGAUAGCGAGGGAUUUGUACCAGCGACUGCGCUCGCCGUUCGAGAAUUAAUAAUUAGAUCCGGGAUGAAAACUUUUGGGCGUAAUGCUCUCGUUAUUGGACGUUCGAAACACGUGGGGCUGCCCACAGCACUCUUACUGCAUGCUAAUGGAAAAGGCGAUACUAGAGCACUCGAUAUGACGACAACAAUUUGUCACAUUCACACACCCCGAGCAGAGUUGAUAAAAUUAGCAAAAUUAGCGGAUGUAUUGGUAUCAGCGACAGGUGUGCCUGGUCUUGUCACCAAAGAGAUGGUGAAGCCAGGAGCUUGUGUCAUAGACGUCGGAAUUACCAGGGUGGAUACGCCCGAUGGAAAGACAAGAAUCGUCGGGGAUGUUGAUUUCCAACAAGUGAGAAAAGUCGCUGGGUUCAUUACUCCCGUCCCAGGAGGUGUAGGGCCCAUGACUGUUGCCAUGUUGAUGAAGAAUACUCUGUGGGCUGCCGAGAAGAAUCUUGAGAAUAAAAAAUAAUUUUUUUCUAUCAACUUA